CCUUUUUCUCAGACUAGGAGCCCUGGAAAAUGGAGAAGCUGUGCUAAUAGAGGGGGGCCGGAAAUCCCCACUCUAGAAUGCUCUAGAAUGUUGGGAGACACCCAGGAUGUGAGCCAGGGACUUUCUGGAAGUGUUUGUUCUGGCCCCACCCGACCCCAGGCAGUCCCCAGCUGUCUGCACAGUCGGAUGGGGAGGGGGCUUGCACAGAGUUGGAGCCAGAGGAAAGAGCUGGGCUACGGUAGGAUGGGGAAACCUCACAGACCACAUUGUCACCCGGCCUCAGCUCUCCGCCCCGGCGCUCAGAGGGUAACUCUCACCCACCUCGUCUGCUUCUCUGAACCAGAGUGACCCAGGCUGCGCUCCGCCCCGCUCUCCUACCCCGAGUUGGCACGGAGGCCCGGCAGCCAUGGCGGUGGAAGGAGGAAUGAAAUGUGUGAAGUUCUUGCUCUACGUCCUCCUGCUGGCCUUUUGCGCCUGUGCAGUGGGUCUGAUUGCCGUGGGUGUCGGUGCACAGCUUGUCCUGAGUCAGACCAUAAUCCAGGGGGCUACCCCUGGCUCUCUGUUGCCAGUGGUCAUCAUCGCAGUGGGUGUCUUCCUUUUCCUGGUGGCUUUUGUGGGCUGCUGCGGGGCCUGCAAGGAGAACUAUUGUCUUAUGAUCACGUUUGCCAUCUUCCUGUCUCUUAUCAUGGUGGUGGAGGUGGCCGCAGCCAUUGCUGGCUAUGUGUUUAGAGAUAAGGUGAUGUCAGAGUUUAAUAACAACUUCCGGCAGCAGAUGGAGAAUUACCCGAAAAACAACCACACUGCUUCGAUCCUGGACAGGAUGCAGGCAGAUUUUAAGUGCUGUGGGGCUGCUAACUACACAGAUUGGGAGAAAAUCCCUUCCAUGUCGAAGAACCGAGUCCCUGACUCCUGCUGCGUUAAUGUUACUGUGGGCUGUGGGAUUAAUUUCAACGAGAAGGCGAUCCAUAAGGAGGGCUGUGUGGAGAAGAUUGGGGGCUGGCUGAGGAAAAAUGUGCUGGUGGUGGCUGCAGCAGCCCUUGGAAUUGCUUUUGUCGAGGUUUUGGGAAUUGUCUUUGCCUGCUGCCUCGUGAAGAGUAUCAGAAGUGGCUACGAGGUGAUGUAGGGGUCUGGUAUCUUCAGCCUCCUCAUCUGGGGGAGUGGAAUAGUAUCCUCCAGGUUUUUCAAUUAAACGGAUUAUUUUUUCAGACCAAAAA